AUGAAGAGGCCUAGUGGUGAAGUUAUAUUUUCUAAUACAGACAAAAUGAAGAAUGAAAUUUUUAUUCCUAUAAUGGAUGCAUUGAUUCUUCAACUAAAUAAAAGAAAAAAAGCAUAUACAAAGCUAUGUGACAAAUUCGGAUUUUUUUCUGAUUUUGAAAAUAUUGAAGCAAGUGAACUACGUAAAAAAGCACUAAAGCUUGUGGAGUAUUAUGUUAAUGAUUUAGAAGUAGAAUUUAUUAAAGAAAUUGUUCAAUUUAAAAAGUACAUAAUACAUUUUCCCAACGAAACCAAAAACAUGCAAGGAAUGUUAAAAUACCUUAAUCAUCAUUAA